GCUAUUGAAACAUCCGUUUACGCACGUAACUCUUGCUUACGUUGACGCACAAACCUUGCCACCUUCUGUUCUGUUCAGUCAUACAAUAGAUGUCCCUUAUUUAUCAUAGUUGUUUGUCAGUUGUCCAGUGGGAACUAGUCCUGUUUUUUUAAUAUUUCCAGAAUUGUGGAAUGAAUCCAGUACCUUAAGGACACCUUGAGACGUCUGUGUCUGGUCUUGUCUGCUGCAUGCAGCCGAAACUGGAUAAUAUGAUCAAGACGAAGAGCAUAUAUGCAGCCCGUUUGUGACCAUAUGCAUUAUGGAAAGAAGCUUUCAAGCUGUUGUUUAAGAAUGGCUAUAAUACCGUGCAUCUUCUUGCAUUCAUGAGCAUCAGUGUGAUAUAUAGCGAUGACGAGGCUUCCGACACGGCGAGUGCUUCUUGACGCAUGAAUUGACUCAUCUUUUUACAAGAAAUGGCAUGCAGCCAACGAAGGGUCCUCGCAGCAGCCUUUCUAAGCAAAUAAUCCCUAAACGGGAAGUCGGUGCUGUAAGACCCGCCCAAAAGUUGUGUAAUGGUUUCCGCUCUAUAUCAUUGAAUGUGGUUUGUACAGCCGUACACCACACCGGGCGGCUACCGCGUACGUAGCCGGUGUUGAAUUCAGACUUUUGCUGUUGAAGGUGAUGUGUGCUGAGGCAUAUGCUUACCGGUCAAGUUUCAAAAACAUGGAGAAAGCAGGAGAAGGGACAGGUACCAGUGAAAAAAGAGAUUGCGUUGGAGGAAUGCAGAAGGCGGUGACUGCUGAGGUCUGUGCAAUAGAAGCCGAGUAGUGCUAAAAAGCAACAGAAACCAGUACCUUACCUCUACACACUCGAACUUCCGCACGCAGAGGAGUUGUGUCGAAUGAAUAAUGAAUUGUGUUUGCACGGUGAGCCACAGUUGCGUCUCGGAUAUGGAAAUCUAUCGAAUGAAAUGCCAAUGGCACGAGCACGGUGUCAUAUUAGACAGCAAUCGUGCAUAAAGAUGUUUGUAUUUGAUGUUGACACGUGUGAUAAUAACGAGAUGGGCAGUAUGCCGCCACGUAUGGGAGAUUUGCAGUGUAGCUGAUAUUGCAGGUUUGUAACGAGUGGGCGGGAUACAGGACUGAUAUCGAUGUAUAUCCUGUCGUGGUCUUCUAAGGACAUUAGUAUGGAUAUUGCAUUACUUCCUGUGAGGACGGUACAUAAGCUUACUGUCUACGUUCAUUUGCUCAGAGGAAGGUAUCUGAGGCUAUUGACCGCUUGUCUACAUUCUGCCGUUGCUGCUGAUCACACCAUGUUGAUGCUCGUUUGUAUGACUAUACUUUCUUGUCCCGUGCUGUUGUACUCUCGGGCAGUUUCCAGAUCUGCAGUUGUGUGCUCAAAUAGUCAAACGUCACUGAAAGAGCUCGCUUCCACAGACAGCAUGGCUAACAUUGCUUCACUUUCAUCUGUUGACGAAUUUCAUCUGGAGAACGUUGCGUCGAGACGGAAAGGACGGGCUGUUACAAGUCAUUCCAACGCCCUCUGGAAAGAGGCAAUUAUUCCUUACAAGUUUCAUGAGUCAGUAUUGGCAGAUAGAAAAAUCAAGAGAGCAUUUACGGAAGCCAUGACCAAAUGGGAGCAGAACACUUGCAUUCGGUUCGUUUCAGCUGGGAAUAGUACACUGAACAGGAGAUAUCUCUUGUACACUACAGCACCAGGAAGUGAGUGCUCGACUGCUGUUGGCAGGCUGGCUGGAGGUGGCCCUCAGGAAGUAAGACUAGGAUUCAAUUGUACGCCUCUGGAAGGAGUGGCUAUGCAUGAGCUGGGUCAUUCAAUAGGCUUCUGGCAUGAGCACACUCGGCCAGACCGAGACAGAUAUGUAGAAAUACUCUACAGCAAUAUCGACGAAGAGUAUCAUUCUAACUUUAACAUUAGACAGGCGGAGGACAUCGAUUCCCUAGGACUACCCUAUGAUCUGGACAGCAUAAUGCACUAUUCACUGGAUGCUUUUAGUAAUAACCAACAGAAUACGAUCCGUGUGAAAGUCGACUUUCAAGGAGUAGUUGGUCAACGAUUAUUUCUAAGUGACAAAGACAUUCAGCAAGCCAAUUUAUUGUACAAGUGUCAAGCUAUGACUAAAAAGCGUCCUCUUGGAUGUAAUGGAGAAAUUAGUGAUGGUGAUACCGUUGGUUUACGCAUCCAAGCUGUCACAGGAGGAUUAGGCCACAACUGGCUGCGUUGUAAAAAGAAAGAUAAUCUCCACUGUCGCCCUUCAGAGACAACAUGUGCUGGCUAUCACUUUGACAAUAACGACUGGAAGCAUUGUAAACACGAUAUGUUUCGCAUUUUUUCCGUUCAGGCUAACCAGGAUGGUGCUGUUCAUGUUGGAGACACUGUGGUUCUAACAACUGCUACAAACAGUCACAGAGACCGUGGCUGUCUCACUUGCACCAGUGGGUUUAAGUGCAAGAUUAUUCCCUGUCCGAAUGUGUUCUCUAACAAGUCCAAUGUUUUCACUAACAUGCACUUUACUAUUGAAGCAGUUGAUGCCAAAAAAGGAGAUGUUUUAAAAGAUCAGCACGUCAUUGGAUUGAGGUCGACUCAAGACAACAACCUGAUGGCUUGCAAGGAUAACGGUCGUGUCCCUCAGUGCAGGAGAAGGGGUUGUGAAGUGGAUGCAUCAGAUGGUGUUCAGCCUCGUAGCCUUAGCAACUGCUCGGACGCACAGUUUGUUAUCACGAAACUUGUCUCUCAGAAAGUGCAGGUUUCGUCUAGUAAUUGCGAAAUUAGAGACUAGUAGGAAGACAGAGAUCUGCUAUCAUUUUUAUAGACAUAGAUGUUUAGGUAUAGCGUACGGUACAGGAGACAGUUGUAGUCUCUCUUACUGAACAGUAACGAGUAAUUUGUUUGAUUUAUAUUCUACUAUGUAUAUAAGAGAGAGAGAGAGAGACAGAGAGCUGAAAUACAUUGCUUGUAGUGAGCUUUUGGAGAACCUAGAAUAAGCUAACUCUUCUGUAUUUUCGAAGCAGCUGCAGUUUCUACAAAAAUUUAUCUGAUCUGGAAAUAGAAAA